CCACAGCUCCCAUCCGCUACUUCAUUACACAUGCAUGCACAACCAUGAAGGAAACAGCGACUGAAAUGCAUCCGGAUUAUAAGCAAUAAUUGUUUUUUUUUUUCAUGCACACGACUGCAGAUGGGAUCGUGCACCAGGUUAUCAUCUCUUCUCUAAGAUAAGACUCACAUCAGCUACCAUAAUGGAUGCAGUGCCAGAAUACUCGAUUUUCCUUGUCAGGAUUUUGGAGGAACUAGACACCAAGUACAGCACGGUGUCAUAUCAGGAUCUGUGUAAGUCUCUGUGUGCUCGUUUUGACCUGGUUCAUCUGGCAAAAUUAAGGAGCUUGCUAUUCUACACGGCAUGUUUGGAUCCUAGUUUUCCUGCUACCUUAUUUAAGGACAAAAUGAGGUGUUCAGUGGAAGAUCAGCAGUCUAAGAAGCUCAUGGUAGCAGCAGACAUUGUGACCAUGUUUAACCUCAUUCAGAUGAAUGGUGGGAUGGCCAAAGACAAGUUAACAGUUAGUCAUAAACCGAAGUUUCAUAAAAAUCAAUCAUUUGAGUCUUGCAGGUCUGAUACCGAUGUUUAUAAGUAUAAUGAGUGUGAAAGCGUGUAUGGCCACACAAACAGAAGGGGUCAUCAUGCUUCUCGGAACUCACCCUGCCCCAAAUCUGAGUGCAACAGCUGUCAGCCUUUUAUACCAGCUUCAGAACCUAAUUUUCUCCUGGGAGUCAGCAAGGAUCUGAAAUGUAGAGCAGCAUCACUGGAUAAGCUGCAGCAUCUGCCUCAGUAUGCUCGUGCCAGUCCUCCUCCAUGUGAGAUGCAGAGUACCUACUUCCCCAUGGAUAUCGACAGCGAGUCAACUACCGACCAUGACUCACUGCACAUUAAUCCGGGUGGCAAGGAUGUUUUCCUUCCUAACUCAGAAUCUUUCUCUGUGCACUCGUGUGUGCAAAAGCGGAAUAUUUUCAAGGAGGACUUUCAUAACCUUGUUGCCUUUUCGCCCCAUGUGAUCUCUGGGGAGUCCAAAGCCAGUGCCAGAGAAAGUGGAGAUUACCACAGGAGGGAAUUGCACAAGCCACCAACGUUCUUUAAUCACAGCUUCGAGUUGCCAUAUAGCAACCCGUAUUUUGAACCUUUCAACUCACCUAUACAAAGCAAAGGGCGAGUAAAGCACGAGAGUCUAGAUGACUUGCAGGCAUCCACUUAUUUUGGCCCAACGACGGUAACCGAGUGUGUGAACACCAAGAGGACUUCUGUGAAGCAGAGCAGACAACCUUCCUGGCCUGUCAAGAGCUUAAGUCUGAACGCAGAUGACGGCUCAGACUUUGAGAGGACCUUUUUAAACCAUAAGAUGCCAGUGGACAAUCCGCGCCAUAUCAGCAUGAUGGACAAUGACCAGCACUUCCAGAGUGCCAAAGAAAAGCCCACAGCCUCUCCAUCAGGCUUCUCCAAGAAGUCCAGCGGACCAAAGACGAAAGAGAUGGCCUCUGUUGGUUGUGGUCCGAGUUCUGAAAAGAGAGAAGGGGGAAAGAGGUAUAAAGACAAGAGCAUUAACUGUCCAUCUCUCCAGACUACUAACAUAGACAGUGCUCUGAGUGUAGGGACUCAGACUGAUCAGUCAGAACAGAGGAAGAUGAAAGACUACACCAUGCACAAGUAUGUAGAGAGGCCAACUUUUAAACAUACCGAUGAGGAGUGUGAAAUCGUUAGUGAUGACAUUAGUGACAUAUUUCGCUUUUUGGAUGACAUGAGCAUAUGUGACUCUAUUGGGAUACCCCAGUCAUCCUGUUACAACAGUAACGGCUCGCUCUCUCAGGUGACAAAGUCAGAUGGUGAUAGCUCACCCGAACGCAACACGAUCAAACUAGGCAAGACUGCCAACAAGCUAGACCAUUUAUUCCACUCUCUGGAGAAUACUGAUGAUGAGCUCAAAGCAAGCGUAUGCAAGCUGGUCAUGAGGAUUGGGGAAAUCGAGAAGAAGCUUGAAUCCCUCUCAGGAGUGCGUGGGGAGAUUUCACAGGUCCUUUCCAAGCUCACCAAGCUGGAUGAGAAAAUUCAAGAGCCAGAAGCAAAUGGAAAAUCCGUUGAGGGUAGCAUGGGCCAGAUUCAGACGGAUGUGAAACUUUCACCACGCAUGUUCCAGUGCCACACUACAGGUCAUACUGUCAAAGUGGACACGAACACAGACUGGUGCUGCUCAGAUGCUAGUGGAAGUGAAAGCCUGAGGGUGAAGGCACUAAAGAAGAGCAUGUUCACACGCAGGUCUUCCAGGUCACUUACAGAGGAGAACAGUGCUACUGAGUCCAAAGUGGCCAGCAUCACCAAUUCUCCUAGAGACUGGAGAACUGUUUCUUAUUCAGGCCAUCCAGGAGAAGAUGUGAAAGAGAAGGACAGGCAUGGUGAAGGCAAGGACAGACAUAGGAAAGCCAAAGAGACAGAUCGGCAGUAUGACCCUCACCAGGCACACAGGUCAUCCAAGGUCCCAAAGGACUCAUACCUGGUGGAGCAAGUGUUCAGCCCCCACCAUUUCCCCCCCUCCGUCAAGACACACGUGAAGGGGAGUCCUCUAUACACAGAUCUACGAUUGACUGGUCUGACUGACAGCAAACGUCCACAGCCCUCCUGGACCAUAGAAGAAUUCAAACGCAACUCAGGAGACAAGAACAAACUCAGCGUGCUGGACCUACAGACCCAGGAGUCACUCAACCCCAAUAAUUUGGAGUACUGGAUGGAGGACAUCUACACGCCAGGCUACGAUUCAUUGCUCAAACGCAAAGAAGCAGAGUUUCGGAGGGCCAAAGUUUGCAAGAUUGGUGCUUUGAUCGCUGCGGCGGCCUGCACUGUGAUAUUGGUCAUUGUCGUGCCCAUUUGCACUAUGAAGUCUUGAGGUCUUCUUCUGUGUUGCCAAUAACCACAAGAAGUUUUGUCUUGCUGAUGUAUGGUUCAUGUUGGUGCCUAGAUUAAGCCUUAUUGUGAAUUUGUUGGAACUUUUAAUGACAGGCACCCUUUCAGAGAACUCGUAUGCUCAGUUUUUGGCUUAAUCCAGGCGCAGUGAACUGGUUCUAGAGUCUAUAACUACAAAUACAAUUCCUUACCAAGGAUUAACAUUUAAUGUUUGUUCUUUUUAUUUCUAGUAGAACAAUUAUUUGUUAACAUAGACUUUUAUGGAACAUAUAUAAAUUUUUCUUGUUUUAUAGCUAGUAUUUAACAUACUAAAUUAAGAUAUUUCAAUUCUGAAAUCUUUAUGUUGUUGCAAUAGACACUACAAGGAAGGAAGCAUAGUAUAUUUUUUAUUUUACUAUAAUCCUAUGAGAAUUAUUUUUCAAUGAAUUUGCAGACAGAAUGUGAUCCUGCACAGCAAGGUUUAUCUUUUUUUGACAAAUCAGGAAUGUUUUAUUGGGUUUGUGCAAUGUUUUCUUUUCUUAAGUAACAAUUUAAAUAUGAUAGAUGAUUAGAUUACUAUAUAUUCAAGAAACCAAUUUUAGAGGAAGUGAAUGU